AGCCGAUAAACCACCCUCUCGUCGGGACGCGCUCUCUGCGGCAGGCAGGCGGGCGGGCCAACGGUCCUAGGGAGGGGCCGCGAGUAUGGGGCGACAGGGAGGAGCGGUGUCGUGAAAGCGGCUUUCCCCCGGUGCGUUAGGGUGGCUAGGGCGGCCGAGGCGGCUGGACGAUGGCGAGCUCGGCGGUCGACGGGGUCGGCGACGACGGUACGGCGGGCGUGCCGGGCGGCGGACCCAGGAAUCCCCUCACCUGCGGCGUCUGCCACGAAUAUUACAACGAGCCCUGCCUGCUCUCCUGCUUCCACACCUUCUGUGCCCGCUGCAUACACGGCCCUCACAUCGACGGGAAGGUCUCCUGCCCUAUCUGCGGGCAGCAGACGCAACUGAAGGAAGGUGCGCAACUACCACCGCCCGAUCAGCUGAUACGCCAAUUGGUAGAGCUGGCGAACUCCGAGAAUCCACCGUGUGCCAACUGCGACAAGCGUGACAAGUCAACCAUGUUCUUCUGCACGACGUGCGGACAAGCGCUGUGCACCCACUGCAGAGAGCACACCCACCGGGCGAAGAUGUUCUCUUCCCACGAGGUGGUGCACAUGAGCAAAUGCGCCAAGGACACUCAGCGGCGGUGUCCCAGCCACGGGGAACAGUACAUAAUGUACAGCCAGAGUGCCAAAUGCAUGCUGUGCGCCACAUGCUUCCGCGACACGCCCGCGGACGCGCGGGUGCACUGCGUCGACAUAGAAAGUGCCUGGCAGCAGACGUCGAAGAAGAUGGAGCGGGCGGUGAAUUCCAUAUGCGAGCUCCAGGCGGGCAUACGGGACGGCGUGCUGGCGCUGAAGUCCCAGCUGGACGAGCUGCGGCACAGCCUGGAGUCGGAGAAGCGGGCGCUGAGCGCGUUCUGCCAGGGGAUGCAGGAGGCGAUCACGAAGACGCACGCCACCGUGCUCGCGGAGCUGCAGCGUCAAUUCGAGACGAAAGAGCGGAUGGUCCGCACGCAGCUGCUGUCCCUGGGUAGCGCGCUUCCCGUCUUGCAGAUGCACCUGAUGCUGUGCACCGCCUUCACCAGCGGCGCGACGAAAUAUCAGUUCCUCGAGCUGGCCCACCCGAUGCUGGAGCGGCUGAGCCGCGUCGCCCAGCUCGGCCACCCGUCGCGGCCGCCCCUGCUCGCGGCUCACAUCAAGACGAAUUACAGAAACGACUUCGCGCGCGCCCUGCAGCCCUACAUAGGCCAGAUGCCGUCGGUCAAGGAGUCCCUCUACGAUCAGACACACACGAUCGGCCAGCCGGAGCCGCAGGUGCUUCAGAGCAGCAAGACUGCUCAGAGGCUACCGUCCGGGAAGACCGGGACCGACGGCGGGCCCUUCUCCAAUCACUGUCGGACCUUCGAUACCCAGCUGAAGGAGCUCAGUCAGCAGCUGAUGACGGUGAAGGAGCGCCUCGGGGAGCUCCAUCGGGACGUCGCGCUCUUGAGAAGGGCGAACACCCCGCCGUUGGGCACGCGUUACGACCUCGUGGCGAGGGACUGCCGCUUGCUGGAACAGCAACUGGAGCAUCAUCAGAUGGAGCUGGAACGGCUUAGGAACGUCUUCGACGCGCUCUGGGAGGAGCAGGUGUGCCGGAUCCACAUAGAGAAGGAGAUCUUUCAUUCUCAGAUGAACGACAUACUGUCGCUGAGGAGCGAGGUGAAGAAGCUGCAGACGCUCGCCCAACAACUAGAGCCUUUCGUCAAGUCGUUCUCCACGGGCGUCGGCGCCGGGGAAGUGAGCAUGGCCGCGUCGGACGCGGCCGACAACCAGCAUCUGCAGGCACUCCUGGACCACCUGGCGCGUCUGCAGAUGCAGGAGCCACCUCAUCCGCCGGGUCAGGCGCCGACAAAGGAUCACCGUCACCCACGUAGCACUGCCACGAGUGCUGACAACGCGUUGUACAUGAAGGAAACGAAGGAAAUUCCGACGCGAUGUCGCACACCGUCCGGCGGCGUCGGCGCCGUCCUGGACUCGAGCGGCAACAUCAUGGUGUACGGCACGGCCAAGUCGACCGACCCGACGAAGAGGGGCGUGCUCAGCCAGCUGAUCGAGAAGGCGCGGACGAAGGAGGAUCGGAAGAAGUCGCCGGGCCGGGAGGACGGUCGCGACCGCAGCCAGAGCAGGCGCUCGCGGAAGUCGCCGGACAGCACGAAGCCGAAAACGCCGCCCGGACACUCGUCCGGCAGCAAAAUGCGCUCGCUCUACCGCUCGUUGAAGGGCGGCACCGGCGACACCUCCGCCGAGGCGCUCGAUCAGGCGGAGAGGGCCGAUUCUCAGCAGCCGCCGUCUCACAUCGGAGACGAGAGCGAGUACCAGCGAAUCUCUGAAGCAUCGAGCAUGGGCGAGGCGAAGAAGCGCGUGCAGGCGCAGGUGCACGCGGCACCGGCGGACGAGCAGCAGCCGAUGCCGAAGCCCAGCAAGAUCUAUCCGGCGAGCGACUCGGAGGAGGUGUUCUACGCCGACGAGAAGGCCGACGCGAGGCGCCGCCGGCGCGCCAGCUGCGACAGCCUGAGCACCACCGGCUCCGGCAACAGCAGGCGAUCGAGCAUCGCCGACGGGACGGUAGGUCUACCAGCGCAACCCGCGCAGGACCCCCGGAAAGCACUGGUCGUUUUGAUCGGACCGACACCGACGUCGUCUCUCGUGCAGAAACAGCGUUCCUGGGAAACCUUCCCGAGGCCCAAGAGCAAGCGCGCCGGCGAGGCUGGGGCGGUGUCGUCCCUUGGCCAGCUCAAGAAAGCGGACAGCUUCGAGGGUCACGAGGAGGCGGUGCGCACCUUGGUAGCGGCCGUGCAGGAGACGCGCUCCCAACUGAGACACCAUCACCCCCAUCAUCAUCGCCAUCAUCGCAAGAACAAGACGAACUGAAGGCGGCUCAGCGUCUCGUUCCCUGCCGUUCCGUUCACCAACGGCCACGUCGAUACUUGAAAGUCACGCAGAACGGCGGACAGCCCGCUUCGCGAUUAGGGGAACGCAGACGGCGGCUCGGCAGGACGAGUCGUGCGAGGAGUCCGUGACGAGCCUAUUGCGUAGAUAAGCGAAAUUAUCAAAAAAAAAAGACUAAACACCCGCGUGCCCGCCGCGUGGGUUUAAGUACUUGUUAUUUAGUGAGCGAGUGAGAGAGAGAGAGAGAGAAAGAGAGAGAAUGAGAGAGAGCGAGAGUAAAUGUAUUGUUGCGAGAGUGAACGUUAUCGGUUUUUCGAAGAUUUUGGACAUUCUACUGAAUACAACAUAAUAACGGAUAGACAUAUGAAAUUACAAUAAUAAAGUGAAGAGAGAAAGAAUAAGGGAGGGGAAGGGAAGAGAGAGAGAAAGAGAGAGAAAGAG